AUGGAGAAGAAAGUGAACCAGCCAAGAAAUAGUGCCAAACCAGGUGUCAAAACAAGGAAAUCUUCAAUCCCAGGAGUCACAAUUGUAGAAUUUACAGAUGAUAUCCCGCAAGGAUGUAGUGCACCUGAUAUUGAACGCAGGCCGAUCCCACUGACCAUGCAGGAAGGUAAAACUGCAAAUUUCAAAGCCGCAGUACGAGGAAAUCCAGAGCCUACUUUAGUCUGGAGCUUUAAAGGGGCAAGUCUCAGCAAUGGUAACAAAUAUAAGGUUUCCUUUGACAGAAUUAUGAAUGAACACGUCUUACAGAUAAAACAACUGACUAUAGAUGAUGCUGGUCCCUAUAAGUGCACUGUUUCUAAUGAAUAUGGAGAGGCGAGAUGUGCAGCCAAUCUUAAUAUCAUAGAAGUUGGUUACAAGAAGAAAAUGAAAAAGCCUGGAGAAAUACAAGGUAAAAAUACAGACCCUACAGACUUUCGGAAGAUGUUGAAAAAACGUGCUUCGCCGCCUGUAAAAAAAGAACAGAAAGUUCCAGAUGAAAAAGUCUGGGAAAUUCUCAUGCACGCUGACAAGAAAGACUAUGAAAGGAUUUGCAUGGAGUAUGGCCUCACUGACUUCCGUGGCAUGUUAACAAAACUGAAGCAAAUGAAAAAGGACAGAGAGGAAAAGCAAGCACAGUACGUGAAAGAAAUUAGCAAUCUGAAACAUGUUGAAACAAAGUCAGAUGGAUCAGCUAGCUUUGGAUUUGAUAUGGAACUCAAAAGUCCCGACUUAAAUAUUUAUUUAUACAAGGAUGGAAAACUUAUCCCACAUUCAUUGGACAAGGAUCAAAAACAUCACCUCAAGCAUGUUGGCAAAAGAUAUACCUUCUGUAUUAAAGAUCUCCAUCUUGAUGAUGUUGGAUUGUACAAAGUAAAUGUUGAAGAUACAGAGGUUUUUGCAACAGUAGUGGAUAUCAAUCUUAUCCCAGUGGACUUUAUACACAAAUUACAAGACGUCAAAUGCAAGGAAGGAGAAGAUGCAAUUUUUGAGUGCACUAUUUCAUUACCUCUUCCAGCAGAAUGGUCAUACAAGAAGAUACCACUGGAAAACAGUGAUAAAUAUGAAAUGAAGGUCUCCCCUGAUGGUUUGACACAAAGAUUAAUCAUAAAAAACGUACAUCAUGUAGACAAAGGAGUGUAUAUCAUUUCAGCUGGAGCUGGAUACUCAAGUGCAUAUCUCAGUGUAGGAAAAAAUCUAGACACUGCUUCUCCACCGUCAUUAAGAAAAGAAAUGGAAUCUAAGCACAGUCAAGAGGACUUUACAGACAUUAAUUUGGAACAGGAGCUCAAUGAUGCAACCAAAGGUGGACUAAAAGGCAGAAGAAGUUCGCCGCAUGACGAAGAUUUAUUAACUAAAGAUGACCUGAAGCGAAAAAGUAACUACUCAUCAGAGGAAGACAGCAUUAACUUUGGUAGAGGAGGUUUGCAGAGUGCUUCAAUUGAUGGAUUGGAUGAUGCUACCAAAAAUGGCCAGAGUGUUUAUGACAGAAUGGGAAAAGAUGACAGUGGUGGUUUAAAUAGUUUUGGAAAAGGUGGUUUUGAUGGAUUCGAUGGAAUGGGAAGAAAUGGAAAGCAUGGGUUGGAUGGAAUAGAAAGAGAUGGCAAGGGUGGCUUAGAUGGAAUGGGAAGAGAGGGCAAAGGUGGGUUUGCUGGAAUGGGAAGAGAUAGCAAGGAUAGGUUGGAAGGAAUGGGAAGAGAUGGCAAGGAUGAGUUGGAAGGAAUGGGAAGAGAUGGCAAGGAUGGGUUGGAUGGAAAGGGAAGAGACGGAAAGGGUGGAUUGGGUGGAAAGGGAAGAGACAGCAAGGGUGGAUUGGGUGGAAUGGGAAGAGAUGGCAAGGGUAGGUUGGAAGGCAUGGGAAGAGAUGGCAAGGAUGGGUUGGAAGGAAUGGGAAGAGAUGGCAAAGGUGGGUUGGAUGGAAUGGGAAGAGAUGGCAAGGGUGGAUUGGGUGGAAUGGGAAGAGAUAGUAGGGGUGGGUUGGGUGGAAUGGAAAGAGAUAGCAAGGGUGGGUUGGGAGGAAUGGGAAGAGAUGACAAGGGUGGUUUAGAUGAAAUGGGAAGAGAUGGCAAGGGUGGUUUGGGUGGAAUGGGAAAAGAUGGCAGGGGUGGGUUAGAUGGAAUGGGAAGAGUUGGCAAGGAUGGGAUGGGUGGAAUGGGAAGAGAUGCCAGAGGUGGAUUAGAUGGAAUGGGAAGAGAUGGUGGGUUAGAUGGAAUGGGAAGAGAUAGCAAGAAUGGAUUGGGUGGAAUGGGAAGAGAUGGCAAGGAUGGGUUGGGUGGAAUGGGAAGAGAUGGCAAGGAUGGGUUGGGUGGAAUGGGAAGAGAUGGCAGGGAUGGGUUGGGUGGAAUGGGAAGAGAUGGCAGGGAUGGGUUGGGUGGAAUGGGAAGAGAUGGCUGGGAUCGGUUAGAUGGAAUGGGAAGGGAUGGUAAGGAUGGGUUGGGUGGAAUGGGAAGAGAUGGCAAGGAUGGUUUAGGUGGAAUUGGAAGAGAUGGCAGGGGUGGAUUGGAUGGAAUGGGAAGAGAUGGUAAGGGUGGGUUAGAUGGAAUUGGGAAAGAUAGUGUGGACAGAUUGAAGGGAAUGGGAAAAGAUGAGAUGGACAGGAUGGGUGGAAUGGGAAAAGAUGGCAAAGGUAGCUUGGAUAGGAUGGGAAGAGAUGGAAAAGGCACAUUGGAUGGAAUAGGACGAGACCGCAUGGAUAACAUGGGUGGAAUGGGAAGAGAUGGCAAGGGGAGCUUGGAUGGAAUGGGAACAGAUGUUAAGGAUGGAUUACAUGGAAUGGGAAGACGUGGCAAGGGUGGAUUAGAAGAAAUGGGAAGAGAUGGUGAGGGUGGGUUAUAUGAAAUAGGAAGAGGUGGCAAGGACAGUUCAACUGGACUGGGAAGAGAUGGUAAGGGUAGGAUGCAUGGAACAAGAAAAGAUGGUCGUGAUAGAAUGUAUGAUGAUGGAAUAGAUAGCCUUGUAAAUUUGGACGGCAGUGGAAAAGGCAGCUGGAAUAGAUCAGAUGCAUCAGGAUGGAGAGAAAUGGAAAAUAACUUAGCAGAUGGUUUCAAUCGAGGCAAAGAUGAUUCAGUGGGGUACAAUAAUGGCACCAGUCCUGGAAGAGGUCAAUCUGGUCUGAAUGACAUUAAUGCCUUAAGCCUGCCUAGUGAUCUAUCACACAGAAGUAGCAGAGAUGGAUCGACAAAAGGUGGACAUGCAUUAUCACUGAGUGACCAGAAAGGUUUACUGAGAAAAGAUCAAAUGCCAAACCAAACUGAACCUAUGGCAGGUGGAUUUCAAGACUUGUUGAUCUCUGAUGCAUCUCAGAGAGAACCAAGUGGGAGUUCAAGGAGAAGAAAAGGAAAGUUUUCUGAAAGUGACAUCAAUGAAACCAACCUGGACAUCAAGAAUAAAGAACCAGUUCGACGUUUCAAAAGUGGACUUUUAGAUGUGAGUGCUCGGAAGGGAAAGGCAGCUGAAUUUUGUUGUGUGACAGCAAAUGAAAAUACACAAGGCACCUGGUUUAAGAAUGGCACAAAGAUUACUUCAGGAAAUGGAAAAAUAGUCACAAAAGAAGGAACAGUACAAAAACUGACGAUACCCAAUGUCAAGGAGGAAGAUUCAGGGAUGUAUACAUUUGAAGCUGACGGAGGGAAAACAGAAGCCUCUCUUUUUGUUGAAGAUCCUCCAGAGUUUGAUCAGGAUGUGCUUGAUCAGUUGGGAAAGAAAGACACAAUUAUUAAGGCUGGUCACACUGCAACAGUGAAGGUGCCAUUCUCAGGAAAGCCACCAAUGAAGGUGUCUUGGUACAAGGAUGGGGAAGAACUGUUUGAAGACAACAGGGUCAGCAUUGACAAUAGUAAAAGUUUUACACGUUUGUCAAUCUCCAAAUGUAACAGAAAGGACAGUGGAAAGAUGACAAUUAAAUUGAAGAAUGAAAGUGGCAUAACAAGUGCAGAUGUUAACUUGGCUAUCAUUGACAAACCACAAGCCCCUCAGGGCCCUCUAGAAAUUCUAGCUAGUUUGGAAAACUGUAUUUCUUUUAAGUGGAAGCCUCCUAGAGAUGACGGUGGGAAACCUAUACAGCAUUAUGUAAUUGAAAGGCAACAGGUGGGUAGAAAUACAUGGACCAAAGUUGGUGAAGUGGACAAGUCAACAACAACAUUUUCCUAUGACAAAGUGGAGCCAGAAAAAAAAUACAAAUUCAAAGUUUGGGCUGUGAAUUCAGAAGGCAAAAGUGAAGCAUUGUUAUCAGAUGUAAUCACUGCUGGCAGAAAAGAUGUUCCUGGAGCUCCAGCAAAACCAAAUAUCUUGAGUGCAAGCAGCAAAUCCAUUACAGUAUCAUGGACUCCACCACAUAACACUGGUGGUUCCAGAAUAAUUGGAUAUAUCAUAGAAAAGCUUAAGAAAGGUAGCAACGUCUGGAGUGCUGUCACUGAUACUCCAGUUACAGGUAAGAAGUGGACGAUAACUGAUGUCAUUGAAGGGUUGGAGUAUGAAUUUCGAGUGAUUGCAGUGAACUCCUCUGGUCCAGGGGAGCCCAGCUGUGAAACUGAAGCAGCAUUUGCUCGUGAGCCCAUGAAGGUACCUGGGCCUGUGAGAGAUCUCAGAGUAACAGAUUCCACCUACUCAACCAUAUCUCUAGCAUGGACUCCACCAAUUUACAAGGGCAGUGAUAUUCCUAAAGGGUACAUUGUUGAAAUGAAAUCUUCUGGCAAUGCAGCUUGGACUAGAUGCAACUCUGCUGCUGUGGGAUUGAAUUCAUAUACUGUGAAAGGCUUAAAAAAAAUGGAAAUGUAUUUUCUACGUGUAAGAGCUGUCAAUGAUGGUGGAAUGGGGGAACCCAUGGAAUUAGACAAUUAUGUUCUUGCCAUGCCGCCUCCAGUGCAUCCCAAGUUUAUAUUGGAUGAAUCUGUAAAAAGUUUCAUGAUCAUCAAAGAAGGAAACUCCUUACGAGUCCAAAUGCCAUUUGAAGCAUCACCUCCUCCUGAAGUGAUUUGGCUGAAAGAUGGUUUUCCAGUUUCAGAGCAAGCUACAAUAACUAGUACCAGUGGUAGCACUCAACUUAUUAUUCCAGCCUCACAGAGAUCUCAUUCUGGAAUUUAUUCUGUAACAUUGAAGAAUCUUCUUGGACAAGAAUCAUUUAGUUUUGAGAUUAGAGUCACAGCUGUUCCCAAACCUCCAGGCCCAGUAACAUUGACUGAAAAUGUCCCAAACUCAGUGACAGUUUCCUGGGAACCAUCCAGUGAUGAACCGCUUGAUGAUCAUUUGCAUUAUGUUGUUAUGCAAAGAGACUCACGCAGACUGAAGUGGCACACAGUGAGAGAAAACAUCUUCAACAACAAAUUCACAGUCAUAAAUAUUGUUCCAGGGUGCAAAUACUACUUCAGGAUUCUAGCAAAAAAUGACAUGGGCUAUAGUGAACCUUCAGAAACACGAGAGCCGUGGUGCAUUUUAAGGCAAAGAGAUCCAUUUGCUUUAAAAUUGCCAAUCUACAAAGCUCGAAGCAAUAUGACAGCCCCUGAAUUCAUUGUGAGGUUAAAGACUCACAUUGCACCCAGUGGAUCCGACAUUAAUAUGAGUUGUGCCGUUAAAGGAUUCCCUCCACCAAAAGUGAUCUGGUUCAAAGAUAAUAUCAACAUCAUGGAUGAUGCAAAUUUCUGGUCUACAAAUAUCUACGGGGUUUGUUCCCUUUGCAUUUUUGGUGCAAGCCCAAAACAAACUGGGGAAUACAUGGCCAUUGCAGAGAAUUCAGUUGGAAGGGCCAUCACCUCGACUAGAUUGUUGGUUACAGGUGUGACUCACAAGCAGUUUGAAGAUUCAAGUAUGCUUUAUGUUUACUGA